AUGGAUUCUAGUGAGCCCAGGCCCAAGCGUGCCAAGAUUGGCAUUGCAUGUAAUGUUUGCAAAUCUAAGAAGACAAAGUGUGACGGGGCGAGACCAGUUUGUGGGCCGUGCUCAAAGAGAAAACGCCAAAAUACCUCUCAGCCAUGUCUGUAUCGUGAAGCUGACGUGCCAUUGACCCCAGCCGUGCAUGGAUGGGCCACUGUAAACAACGCCCCGGAACAGCCAAACAAAGUGGGCGAACACUCAUACAACCCUUUUCAGGGCAGCGAUGACGAUGCGACUAGCCCCCAUCGCCCCGCUAUCUCUAGCAAUAGUCUAUUUGGCGCAUCUGGUGGCUUUUAUAUCUUGAAUGGGAUCGAGAGCGAGAAAAACCGGCCAAGUACGUUUGAGAGCAGAAGAGAAAGCACAACUCAGGCUCUUCCCAGGGCUCUCAGGCAACUUCCCAGAUUAGACAAACUAGGUGCUGGACAGGAGGCAUCUGAUAUGCAGUUUUCGAUUCCUCCAAGGAAGGUGGCUGAUAAUCUCCUGGCUCUUUACUGGGACUAUGUGGAUAGCGCUUAUCCCUGGCUUAAUCGCUCCUCGGUCGAACGUGCAUAUGAAAGUCUAUGGACCAAAGAAGGAGAGCAACCAAUGAACGAGAGGGCACUGCAUUGUAUCCUCAACCUUAUGUUCGCAACUGCUUGCGGUGAUUUCCAAGGCCAAACCUCUCUGUCUCGACACCAAUCCUCGACUGUUUUUUUCGACAGAGCCCAAGAGCUAAUGUCUUAUGAGCUCAUGAACCUUUAUAACUUUGAGAUAAUUCAAAUACUUCUUCUCACGGCGGUUUAUCUCCAACAUCAGAAAUCGCCACAAAAGAGUUUCCGAAAUAUUGGAAUGGCUAUUCAUAUUGCGCAGGAGUUGGGGCUGCACAUCCCUGCAACAACCGAGGCCAUGGACGAUUCACACGAGCGAGAUCUUGCACGCCGUGUUUGGAAUGGGUGUGUUCUUAUGGAUAGGAUCUGUGCUAUGACCUUCGGUUGUGCUCUUAAAGUUCCGCAGUCCAUUGCAAAGGAAGGAUUAAGCCCAUUAGUUCUCAGCACAACGGAGUCUAUGAACACCGUAGACGAUAAUCUUCCCUCGAAAGUGAACUUUUACGCCUCAUUUUGCCAGCUUCAUUACAUCAUCGCGCAAAGUCUUCUCUUUGAUAAAAUCGCAAGAUUGCUCAGUAUUGAGUCGGAGCUCAAUAAAUGGGCUUCCAAUCUUCAUCCGUUCUUCAGAAUGCCAUCGGAGACUUUGGACACAACGCCAUCGAAGCAUGUGACCCGCGAAGCUAAUAUUUUACGUGCCCGUUGCCUUCAAUCGAAAGAUAUCUAUCUGUUCGACUUCUCCUUUUUAGGCCUCUGCUUUCGCAAAUUCAUCAAGAAGAGAAUCGAAAUUCUACAGGUGCUAGCCUAUAUCAAGAUGACCAGCUCCUGCCACAUGUUGUUUUCCAAUGCCGAAUAA